AACAUGCAAAAUGUUCAUUUGUUCGAAACAGUUCAUUUCCUCCAGUUAAACGCGUACAUAUACGUGUAGCAGCGUCGCGAUGUCAAAACUGCGCUUAGCUUUAAGCGUUUGGGCUGUUUUGGAGUGAAGCCGUCACUGACAGGUGCAGUGCUAAUCUCGCUCCUCUGAGUUAAAGAAGGGGUGAGUAAGUGUUUGUGUGUGCCUGGGACUAGGGCCCGGGACCGCCCUGUUCGGAAUGUUACUGAAGGCCCCGGAAUGGACAGGACCAUCAGUGAGCAGCUCAACAAAGCCUUCGAAGCGUACCGCAACGCGUCUAUCGAGAAAGAGUUGGCCAGAAAGGAACUUCAGCACAAGACCGAGCAGUAUCAGCGGAACACUCAGCAGCUGGAGAGAAAGAUAGAGGAGCAGGCGAAGACCAUCUCGCAUCUCAAAGCUGAGCUCAGCUCCCUUCGUAAACAUGCAUCAGGGGAGGUCUGUGAGCCUGCGUCCAGAAAACAGGAAGCAGAAACCUUGUCACCUUGCGAUCAUCGCUCUGACAACUCAUCCAGUUCCCACGGGACUAACCAUUUCCUGAUAAACGAACCCACAGAGUAUUCCAGGAUGCUUCCCCAUACAAUAUCUGCUGCCUGCGAAACGAAGAGUGAGAAUGUACUGGAUACUUGGCAGGAAAUCCAGGGGACUUUCCAGAGGAUUCAGACUCUAACCAGAAGGCAGAAAGAUCACCUGAAGCGAAUCCACAAAGGAAAUGAGACCGCUAAUGAGCAGUUUUCCAUGCCCAUCCAGUGCACCGAAGACACCGCAGAACAGGUCGAGGCUCCUUUUUCCUCACCGCUGAGGUCAGAGGUCGUUGAUUCUUUGACCUCCACAUCCCUCGCGUCACGUGGCGCCGGUCCAGACGGACCGUUUUUUGAUUCCCUAAGAGGCCUGAGUGUGAAGUUUCCCCCGAGCACAGACGAUGAGUACGACUUUCUCAACAGUACGCCGGAUAAACGGGUGGACCUGCCCCUGCACAGGCCAGACCUGGGAGACCACAUGCACACGAUGAGUGAGGAGUCUUAUGCGUCAUACUCCGCACCCUCUACAUCCACUCACACAUCUGCAUCUUCUGCGUCGCACGAAAAUGUACGAGGACCCCAACAGCUGUUU